AUGGUUGAAACUCGAGGCGCCCGGCCAUCCUUUGAUGGCCAGGAUACACCAGCUUUCCCACCCUUCCCUUCAGAAGAAGGCGACCUUGACCAAAAACCCCCUCAUAUUCUUGAAGAUGAGGAGCAUGGCACACCCCCGGCUGCCAAAAAGCGCCGUACGGACGCUGGUCCCGACGGCGAACUUUCGCUACCUGGUGACAAUAUCCUGAUGGCCGACCAACAUGGUCCUGGUCACAAGAUUGAAGAAGAGCUCGCAUCGGCGCUUGGAGAGGGGAUUGUCGACACUGUUGAGCAAACCGACCAUACUGUUCCCGACCCCGGUCCCCGUGAUACCUCCAACGGCGCUGCGGCGACCCAAGACGGUAACGGUGAAAUAAACCCCGACGUCGCUUCGAUAAUUUCAGAGAUCAUGGACCAUACCGAGCGUCAAGAGAAUACUGUUGCCAUGGGCCCACAGGAGAUCCCGUCGUCCAAUGAGUUCCCCGGCGCCAGAGGCUUCGCUUUCCUCAAGGCCAACUCCCACUUGAAGAUUCAAUCUCUCCCAAUUCUGGACAACCUUUCUACACAAAUCCUAUCCUUUCUUUCCAAGAACACCUACCAGGACCUCACUGCCAUGGUCUCCGAGCCGGAUUCCGAGAACGGCCAGGCAUAUGCCACAAUGCGUUCCUUGUUCGAUCACACGAAGCGAGUGUAUACCGUCAAGCACUCGUUUCUUCAGCCCACGGAUCUUGAAAUUACAGACCCUUCCCAGAUUGACGUCAUUCGCAAGGCCAACCUAGCUUCCUUUGUUUCUAGCAUUUUCGGCUCCCAGGAAAUUGGGUUCGCCGAACUGAACGAGCAUUUCUUAGAUGUCUUUGUACCGGAAGGUGGUCGCUUGCUGAAGGUCCAAGGUGCUUUGUACCUCGAGCUGAAGACACAGGCCUUCAUUGCCGCAAUGAAUAACAAAGCCCACACCCGUACCGAGCUUCUCUAUUCAAUUUUCCCCGAUGACAUGGAGCAGCGGUUAUUGGCGAGACGUCCUGGCACUCGGCAGCUUGCGCCUUCCGAGACUGACUUUGUGAAUCGUCUUACCUCUCGCCGUGAUAUCCUUCUCAGUGACAUUAACAACGAGGAAGCGUUGGGUGCCUUGCCCGAUAAGUACCACUGGGAAGAUUUCCUGCGGGACCUGAGCUCCUACAUUUCAAAGAACUUUGAUGCCAUCAAUACUCAACAAGGGAAAAAGCCCAUCAAAGGAAGACAACCCUCCAGCUCGAAUGGCGAUGCGCAUGAAUCACCUAACACCACCCAUCAGGGCCAAUUUGCGCUUAAUCAACAAGUUGAAGUCCCGGUCGACCGAAACAUGCAUGGUGAUCUUGUGGCGCGCGCUGCCCGAGCUGCGCAGAUUGCCCUUCAGGGCCAUGGCCUUCGACGGUCCCAACAGCAAUCUCAGUCGCAGUCGCAAGCACAGCAACAACAGCAACCACAACAACAACACCAACAACAACCACCACCACCGCAACAGCAGCACCAACCUCUGCCACCACAGUCCCAAUCUCAGGCUAGCCCAUCUCCUAUGCCCCAUCAGCCUCAACCACAGCAACAACAGCAACCGCCACCGCCGCAGAGCCAACCUGAGCAUCAAUACCUCCAAGGUUACACAGCUGCCCAGCCACCGCAGCCUACACACCAGCAAUAUCAUCACAGCCCUACGCCACCUGGCGGGUAUCAGACGCAGCAAGCCUCGCCGCUGACCUUCCAACAAAGUCCCCUGCAGGCGAACUUCCAGCAGUACAAUCCAAACGCGGCCCAAGCCAUGCAGGCUAGAGCAAACGGCAUGUCUUCCAACCAUGGCUAUAUGCCCGGGAUCCCUCAUUACUCGCAGUCACAACCCACCCAAGUUCUUUACGAACGUGCUCGAAUGGCUGCAUCCGCCAAAUCCUCGCCAACCAGCCGCAAGUCUGGCCUUCCUAGUCAACGCAGACCAUGGACCACCGAAGAAGAGAAUGCCUUGAUGGCUGGUUUGGACCGUGUUAAAGGUCCCCACUGGAGUCAGAUCCUUGCGAUGUUUGGUCCCGGUGGAACUAUCAGUGAAGCCUUGAAGGACCGCAAUCAGGUUCAGCUCAAGGAUAAGGCUCGUAACUUGAAGCUUUUCUUUCUCAAAAGUGGGAUCGAGGUUCCUUACUACUUGAAAUUUGUUACUGGUGAACUCAAGACCCGUGCCCCCGCCCAGGCCGCCAAGCGCGAAGCUCGUGAGCGACAAAAGAAGCAGGGCGAGGAAGACAAGGCCCAUGUUGAGGGUAUUAAGGGCAUGAUGGCUCUUGCCGGAGCUCAUGGGACCCCUGUCUCCGGCCAUGAGAUGUCUGCCUCUCCUAGCCUCCCACCAGAUGCAAACAGCCAGUCUGUGUUUGAUCAAACGGCCGAGCAAAACCUGAUGCAGACUCUCAGUCAGGAGGUCCAUGGCAACCAGUACGGUCAACAUCAGCCUACCUCAGACCACCUUGAUCCACACAUGCAGCUUGGCCAGUAG